AUGAUAUUGACGGAGGAAGACCUGAUCGGGGGUGUUCAGAAAGAGCAAGAGUUCGCUUAUAAGGACUUUGAUGUGAGGCUUUGCCUAAAUCUGUUGAGUGGAGAACGAAAGGAGCCGUGCACUAUGUCAAGAACCAAGGCUCUUGCGGAAGUUAUUGGGCGUUUUUGGACAGUUGCUGCAGUGGAAGGUGUAAACAAGAUUGUGACCGCAAACUUGACAGCAUUUGGUUUCAUGGAUUAUGCUUUUGAGUACGUGGUGAAUAACGUAUUCGCAAGGAAGAGGAUUAUCCUUACUCUAUGGAAGAAGGAACUUUCUAAAUGCAAAAGGUUUUUGUAUGAAUCUGAAAUGGUAACUAUCAGCGGGCACCAAGAUGCACGUAGAAAUGAUGAGAAAAAUCUCUUGAAGGCAUUGGCUCAUCAAUCUCUCAGUGUCGCUAUUGAUGCUUCUGCUAGAGACUUCCAGCGUGUGGUCGAUUUGGACCAUGGUGUUACUGCAGUUGGGUAUGGAUCAAGCAAGGGUUCAGAUUAUAUCAUUGUGAAAAAUUCUUGGGGACCAACAUGGAGGGUGGGGAGAAAGGUUACAUCAGGAUGA